AUGGCUGACUUGUUGUCCAACUAUGGUUUGUUGCCGUACCUGGAAGAACUCCAAAUGGAAGAGUUCUCGACAUUUAAGGAGCUUCUGAAACAGGAGAUUGUGAAACGCCAACGCAGGUCAGUCCACGGGCCCGAGUUAACAAAAGGCACAAGACACGACGUCGUGACCUUGUUGGAAAAACACUACACAGAGAAACAGGCGUGGGAGAUGAUGCUGAUGGUUCUUCUACAAAUUGACAAGAGAAACAUCUGGGAGAAGGCGAAAGUGGAGCUACGACGUAAACUGAACCCCUACAGAUUGCACAUGAAGGAGAAGUUCCACCUUCUGUGGAGAAACGAAACCUGUCUGCCAAUCCCUGACUGUUUCUAUGAAGAAACCAUAAAGACGGAGUAUGAAGAACUGAGAGAUGCUUACGCUUCCGAGGAGAUGGGCACGGGGCCACGCACUGUGGUCCUGAGAGGCCCCGAGGGAAUGGGGAAAACCACCCUUCUGAGAAAAGUCAUGUUGGAAUGGACUGAGGGCAACUUGUGGAGAGACGUAUUCACCUUUGUCUUCUUCCUGGAUGGCCGGGAGAUGAACCAUGCUGGAGAGAUGAGCUUCCUGGAGUUCAUCUCCAAGGACUGGCCUGAAUCUUCGCAGCAACUCGAGUCUGUCUUCUGCCAGUCGCAGGACAUUCUGUUUAUUAUAGAUGACUUGGAGGCGUGUAAGUUUGAGUUGAGACUCGAUAAUGAGACGUGCGAUGACUGGCACCAGAAGAAGCACAUAGAUGUUCUCUUGGGUAGUUUGUUACAGAAAAAGAUCCUCCCAGACUCCUCUCUGCUGCUUGCCCUAGGACCUGGACAGUUUACCAAAAAUUAUUUCUUGUUGCAACAACCAAAAUGCAUAGUUGUCCGGGGAUUCUCUGAGCACCAAAGGAAGAGCUACUUCUCCCACUUUUUCCACGAGCAUGAUAAAGCCAAGUUAGCCGUGAGCUUCUUGGAAGAGCAGCAAUGCCUGUCGCCUUUGUGCCAAAGCCCCCUUCUGUGCUGGUUGCUCUGUCUGUGUGUAAAAUGGCAGCUGGACAGGGGAGAAGAUCUCGAGAUGACUUACCAGACUACAACGUCUUUGUUCGUAUCCUUUUUUAUAAACACAGUGAAAACAGGAGUUGAGAAUCUUCCAGUUAAGGCGAACAUGGACCAAGUAAUAGCCUUGUGCAGUUUGGCUACAAGAGGAAUCUGGACUCAGACCUAUCUCUUCAGGCAGGAGGAGUUCAGACAGCUAGGGAUAUCGCAGUCUUCCGUGUCGACAUGGAUAGGCAUAAAUCUUCUUCAAAGACAUGGGAGCUAUAUCGCCUUCAUCCAUAAGCAAGUCCAAGAGUUCUACGCUACUCUCUUCUAUUACCUAGAACUACCUAAAGACUUUCCUAGCAAAUCCUUCGACAACCUCCUGAAAUUCACCAUUACCAAUCUCUGCAAUCCUGAGAGCACUUUGCCCCAGAUGAGGCUCUUCCUGGUGGGACUGAUGACAGAAAAAAUAAACAGGCUUCUAGACACACGGCUUGAUUUGAAGCUUGCAGAAGAGACCAAGAAGACCGUGAUGGACAAUCUAAAAAUCAUUAACCUGAUGAACAAGUCAAAAAUGGAUUUUCUGGAAUUGUUUCAUAUUCUCUUUGAAACUCGUGAACAAGAAUUUGUAAUGAAAGUCAUGGCUUUUAUUACGGAAGCUUCAAUUCAUAUUGGCAGCACCAGGGCAUUGAUGGUGGCUUCGUACUGCCUAGCACAGUCCCGAAGUUUACGGUACCUUAACCUCUAUAUAGAAAAUGUCUUUUCAGAUGACUCGAAAUUCUUCUCAAUGAACCGGAAGCUGGGCCUCUGGGAGAAGCUUUGCUCAGUGCUCAUUACCAACAAGGACCUGCAGGUGUUGGAGUUGAAUAAGUGCAGCCUCAGCGACGCCUCCCUGGACGUUCUUUGCAAAGUCAUGGCACAGUCAUUUUGUAAAGUGAAGACUGUUGUGAACCGGAAGCUGGGCCUCUGGGAGAAGCUUUGCUCAGUGCUCAUUACCAACAAGGACCUGCAGGUGUUGGAGUUGAAUAAGUGCAGCCUCAGCGACGCCUCCCUGGACGUUCUUUGCAAAGUCAUGGCACAUUUGGGAAACUGCGGCAUCGUAAGUGAAGCUUGUGAUGAUAUCGCUCCUGUCCUCAUGUGCAAUAAGAAGCUGAGUCACCUCUCCUUCCUACAAAAUUGCCUGAAAGAUGAUGGCGUCAGAGUGCUGUGCGAUGCCCUGAAGCACCCAAACUGUGUCCUGACCAUACUGGUGUAA